AUUUUCAGCAUCAAGCCAAUGUGAUGGGGCCAAGCAAGCCAACUAUGUCUGGUGCUACAUUUGCAUUCACUACCCAGCUAUACAAGAAUGAAGCAAAAGCUUUACAAACACAGCUCCAGUUUAAUAGAAAUGUUCCUGCAGUUCCAGAGAACUUGGCUCUCAGAUUCUCUAACCCCCGUCCAAUUAUAAUAGAAAAACUAAAGGCAUCCAAUGAUCCGAGGAAUCUAGCUGGAAGCGAGGACCCCAGCAUAAGAAGCUCUGGUAUGUUUUCAGUGGUAUCUGAAGAGAGACUAAAAUUGGCUAUUCAGCUAGCCAAGAGGGACAUAAAACGAAGACAUCUUGAAGAGCAAGUGAAACAGCAAGUGUUUGGAGAUGCUGUCAAUAAACCAUUGUUGGCCCAGAAACCACAACAACAAAAGACUGAAGUAUUUGAAAGUCCAGAAAAUAAAAAUGCACUGAAGUCUCAAACUUGCUUGAAAUAUCAGCAGAAACUUGGUCAGCCUUCCAAAGUGGAGACUACCACCUCUGGCGCUAAAGUUUAUCUCUACACACCGAAUGAGGGAAAGCUAAUAUCAGCUGUUUUGGACUCUCCACGCACCCAUGACACAGGACCGGGCCCCAAGCCAAAUGUAAACAAAAAAGAAGAUAAAAAUGUUCAGGAAGUCCGACGGCUCCAAAAGGAAUUGAGGAACUAUGUCCAGAAAAUUGAAGAACUGACUAAAAAAGGGAGAGAGAGAGAAAUUUUAGAUCCUGAUAAAGAGCAACGAGUUUGCACUAGGAGACAGAAACAAGCUGCACGGUCAGCUCAGAUGCUCUAUGUACUCCAGCAACAGGUAAAAGAAAUUCAGGAUGAUUUAGAGAAACUGAGUCCUCAUAAAAUCAAACAUACUAAAAAGUCUCGAGCAGUAUCCAGAUUGGCGGCAGCACACAGAGGAGCUGUACGAGCCUUGCAGGCAUUUGCCAAUCAGUUUACAGAUCAAACGGAGCAGCAGAUUCCUACCCACUGCAAGGAACUGGGCAGUCUCAUUCGACAACUGUCCCUCUGUUCUGCCAAACUGGAAGUGGAUUCUUCCAUUUCUGACAUUAUCAUAGAUAUUUUGCUGCAAGUUGAGGAUCUGGAUUCACUGCUGGAAAAGAAACAAACACCAAAAAAAAUGAAGAAAUGUAUUUCAGCAUCUCAGGGCAAAUCUCCAAGGAACACUGAGACAUUUCCAUCCAGAAAGCAGUUUGCAUCUCCAAAAGGAGAAAACAAACCUCUCGUCUUAAAGGGACAGCACAGACAAAAACCUAGAAAACCUCCAGCUGCCAGGAGUCUCUUGACUGCAGUUCAGAAGGCAAACAGUUGUGCUCGUAUAUUGCACAAUAAAUUCCGAGAAGAAAAUGACCCACCUACCCCAGAGAGAAAUGCCACUUUACAAGGAAGCAUAGAUGCACUGGUGAGAGCUAGAGCUGUAAAAAAAGAUCCCAUCCUUGAAAGUGGCCCUUUGAAGAAGAAAGGUGUGUUAUUAACUGCAAAAUCACAGGGAAUGCUGAAAUCUCUAAAAUCAAGACAGGUACAGCCUCAAGGAAAGCAUGCCCGAUUUCAAGAGACAACUAUAGCUUUCCAGCUAAAAGAGAACAAACAACUUGUUAAGGAGAGCAGAAUACCCUGCAUGCCUCCAAACCCUACUUCUCCAGCUGUUUCACCUAAGCGGUCACAAAGUGCUUCUCCAAGCCAGUAUGCAGACAAAGUUGAGAAGGCAGUACGGGAGCGCUUAGAACCUCUGCUGGAUAGGACACAGGUAGUUGCAGCAAAUGCAGAUAUUCUGAGUGAAAAGCUAUUGGAUGAUCUUUUGGAAGAUGCUGCUCAGGAACUGUGGAGUAUGGAGCAGCAUGAGAGACUCCAGUCUGAGGCUCUGCCUAUGGCUGACACUCACAGUCUGGAGUCAAUGUUGCAAAGAAUGGAAGAAAUUGAAAGAUACCAGGAGGCUGUACGCAGGAGAUUCACGCAGAUUGCAUACAGUGAUUCAGAGUUCUGGGCCCAGGAAGACAAAAUGGAACAACAAAUUGCAUCAAUAGCUAGAAGACCUACAUCUCCUCAUCCAAUUCAGAUAACCAAAUUAAUCAGACGCACAGAGCCAGAAAUGGACAUUUUAUUUGAAAAACUUUUUGAUGGCAAUGAUAUUGAUGAAAACAAAGAAGCAGAGGAGAAAUUGCGGACAGGAAAUGACAUUCUGCAGCCCUUGACUAGGAAUUCUCUACAGAAAGAAUGCUAUGUGUCUCUCUCUGUGCCAAAGCAUAUGCUCCAGAGCAUCUUGGAUUAUAACAGCAGAUACAAGCAACACUUAAAGCUUAUUUUCCAUGAGGCGGUAGGCAGUUUCAAUCCAUGGCAGAUUGCUGAGAGUCUUGCAGAGCAACUAACAGAAGAAGCCCUGUGUGAUGUGGCAGCAGAACUGCAGGAUGUUUGUGAGGAUUAUGCAGAAGCUGUGUUCACGUCAGAGUUUUUGCAGCCAGCGCAGUGAAUGCUUUCAAAUCUGCCCCAUUAUCAAAUGCAAUGUCAGCCUCAGUCUAAAAGUCUUAUCAGAUGAUCUCAUUUUUCAUGGUUUUUUAAAAGUCUGUGAGAUUCUGUUCACCAGAUGAAUUAAGUCCAUCAAGGAUUCAUCUCAGGUUUUUAUAAAACCAUUAUCAUAAUGUUUUCCUUUUCAGACAUUAUUGUACUGCAUUUAUCAGGACUUUUUUUUUUUAAGCCAGUGUUUCAAUAGAAUGAACUAAACUCUUACAGGUAAAGUUUAUGUAUUUUGAUAGGAGUACUGAUCCAUUUGUGUACCUGUAUUACUUCAUUCAUUUUUAUGUGUGAACUUAUUAAAGUACAAUACUGGGAGGAGGACUGGGUUCAAGCAGUGUCACAGACUUAACUGUACUGUGUCUCAAUUUUCUGCUUUAAAAUUGAGAGAAUCUGACUUACCUACCUCAUAAGGGAGCUGUGGGUUUUAGUUUAUCCUUCUCAGUAAAAUGCAUUGAAUAUAUCUGACAGUUGUGUCGGAAGAAUGAAGCAUUAUUGUCUAUCUAAAGCCAAGAUGGAAUAGUCCAGAGUAAAAGCUGUUUGGUUUGCUGUUUAGGGCUUUCAGUAUCAUGUAAGAAAGAUGUUGUCUGACCACCAUGCUUAGCAUAUAUUAGGAUUAGUUCUUUUGGGGAUGUGGCUAUCCAAAGGAAGGAUUCUCAUGGCACAGUGUUAAGUAGAUGUAAACACUUAGCAUUGGCUGUACUCGUAGGCCAACAGUCUGCUUGGACUCUUGCAAUCAACUUCUGAAUGUAGUACCUCUUCUGUUGGUUUCUGAAUAUCACUAGUACAUUAUGCACAGACAAAUGAGACCUUUCAAUAGAAGCACAUGAUGGAGAUUUUCUUUCUUUUUUAAUUAAACUAGUCUAAAAUAUUAUAAUUUUAUCAGCAUUUAGUGAUCCAACCCCACAUUCUGUACUCUUAAGAAUUCCAUUGAAAUCAAGAACAACAAAAUAAAUGAACAACUGGCAUUUCUGCAAUAUUGAAUUAACUUGUUCGUUUCAAGUAAUCAAUGUACUAGUUCGGGUUAUGUCUGGAGGGAGCAAUAAGUAAUAAUUAUUUAUGGUAGUAUUCUAGGGAAAUGCGAAUUCAACCCUUGAGGUAACCCAAAAAACAAUAUAACAGUCUGUUUCCUUUGACAAUUUUUUUUUCUCCAAUAGUGUUCAACCUAUAACAGAAUAAUUUUUAACCUUCCACGAUUAUUUUUAUUUCCUUUAAUUAGAACAUAUAUUUUCAAAAUAAUUUUGUUUUUAUUGA